AUGUCCGGGCAGCCGCCGCCGCCGCCGCCGCCGCAGCCACAACAACAGCAGCAGCAGCAGCUCCCGCCGCCCCCGCCGGCGGCCGCGGCCCCGGUGCCCGGAGUCCUGCCGGCGCCCCCGGCCGUCAGCGCCGGCUCGUCUCCGGCCGGCUCGCCCGGCGGCGGCGGCGGCGGCGGCGCGGGCGGCGGCUUGGGGGCCGCGGCGGCCGCCCUGCUCCUGCACCCGCCGCCGCCGCCGCCGCCGCCGCCGCCGCCCCCGGCCACCGCGGCCCCGCCGCCGCCGCCGCCCCCGCCGCCGCCGCCGCCCGCCUCGGCGGCCGCCCCCGCGGGCGCGCCCCCCGCUCCCCCUGGCCUCGCCGCGGGCCCCGGCCCGGCCGGAGGCGCCCCGGCCCCGGCCCCAGCGGCGGGCGGCAGCGCCGCGGCGCCCUUCCCGCACGGGGACUCGGCCCUGAACGAGCAGGAGAAGGAGCUGCAGCGGCGGCUGAAGCGCCUCUACCCGGCCGUGGACGAGCAGGAGACGCCGCUGCCGCGGUCCUGGAGCCCGAAGGACAAGUUCAGCUACAUCGGCCUGUCUCAGAACAACCUGCGGGUGCACUACAAAGGUCAUGGCAAAACCCCAAAAGAUGCGGCGUCAGUUCGUGCCACACAUCCAAUACCAGCAGCCUGUGGGAUUUAUUAUUUUGAAGUAAAAAUUGUCAGUAAGGGAAGAGAUGGUUACAUGGGAAUUGGUCUUUCUGCUCAAGGUGUGAACAUGAAUAGACUACCAGGCUGGGAUAAACAUUCAUAUGGUUACCAUGGUGAUGAUGGACAUUCAUUUUGUUCUUCUGGAACGGGACAACCUUAUGGACCAACUUUUACAACUGGUGAUGUCAUUGGCUGUUGUGUUAACCUUAUCAACAACACCUGCUUCUACACCAAGAAUGGACAUAGUUUAGGUAUCGCUUUCACCGACUUACCGCCAAAUUUAUAUCCUACUGUGGGGCUCCAGACACCAGGAGAAGUCGUCGAUGCUAAUUUUGGGCAGCACCCUUUCGUGUUCGACAUAGAAGAUUACAUGCGCGAGUGGAGGACGAAGACACAGGCGCAGAUAGAGCGCUUUCCUAUCGGAGACCGGGAAGGAGAGUGGCAGACCAUGAUACAGAAAAUGGUUUCAUCUUAUUUAGUCCACCAUGGGUACUGUGCCACAGCAGAGGCCUUUGCCAGAUCUACAGACCAGACCGUUCUAGAAGAAUUAGCUUCCAUUAAAAAUAGACAAAGAAUUCAGAAAUUGGUGUUAGCAGGAAGAAUGGGAGAAGCCAUUGAAACAACACAACAGUUAUAUCCAAGUUUACUUGAAAGAAAUCCCAAUCUCCUCUUCACAUUAAAAGUGCGUCAGUUUAUAGAAAUGGUGAAUGGUACAGAUAGUGAAGUACGAUGUUUGGGAGGCCGAAGUCCAAAGUCUCAAGACAGUUAUCCUGUUAGUCCUCGACCUUUUAGUAGUCCAAGUAUGAGCCCCAGCCACGGAAUGAAUAUCCACAAUUUAGCAUCGGGGAAAGGAAGUACUGCACAUUUUUCUGGCUUUGAGAGCUGUAGUAACGGUGUGAUAUCUAACAAAGCACAUCAGGCGUACUGCCACAGUAAGCACCCGCCGUCCGGCCUGAACGUGCCGGAGCUGAACAGCAUAAACACGUCCCGGUCACAGCAGCUCAGCAGCUUCUCCAGUAAUGAUGUAGACAUGGAAACAGAUCACUACUCCAAUGGAGUUGGAGAAACUUCAUCCAAUGGUUUCCUAAAUGGUAGCUCUAAACAUGACCACGAAAUGGAAGAUUGUGACACCGAAAUGGAAGUUGAUUCAAGUCAGUUAAGACGCCAGUUGUGUGGAGGAAGUCAAGCUGCCAUAGAAAGAAUGAUUCACUUUGGAAGAGAGCUGCAAGCGAUGAGUGAACAGCUGAGGAGAGAAUGUGGCAAGAACACAGCAAAUAAAAAAAUGUUGAAGGAUGCAUUCAGUUUACUGGCCUAUUCAGAUCCUUGGAACAGCCCAGUGGGAAAUCAGCUCGACCCAAUUCAGAGAGAACCUGUGUGCUCAGCCCUCAACAGUGCAAUAUUAGAAACCCACAAUCUGCCAAAGCAACCUCCACUUGCCCUAGCCAUGGGACAGGCCACCCAGUGUCUGGGACUGAUGGCCCGAUCAGGAAUCGGAUCCUGUGCUUUCGCCACAGUGGACGACUACCUACAUUAG